GUUCCGUUUCAGGGUCUUAGAGGAGGCAGCGAGCGAGAUGGAGACCUCGCUGGCCGGCGGCGGCGGCUGGGACGGCGGGGAUUGCCGCUGCCGCCGGUGCCCUUGGUCUUAAACCCUUUGACCCCCGCAGGGCUCCCUCCCACCCCAGCCACACAAGCGAAGAGGAAUGGGCUGCAAGGAGAGUAAACCGGGCUGCUGCGAAGCCAGAAGGAAGAAAGAAAAAAAAACUCAGUAUAACAGCGGACAAGCUUCCUGUGAAUUGAUAGCACUGAAGGCUGAAGCCAACACAGAUUAUUUGCACAAUGAAGCAGAAAAAAGGAAGGCUGCACUGUUGGAGAAGCAGAUGGAGGAGACUACAAGGCUCCAGCAACAACAGCAACAACAACAACAACAGGAAGAGGAAGAUUGUCUGAAGGAAGUUCACCAUGCUGAGACUCACAGACUUAGCCAGCAUAUUCAGCUCCAGGUAGAGAAGGAGGAUUUAAAGUGCAAACAAUUCUCUGAAAACUAUGAUAUGUUGAAGAGGGAACAGGAGGAAACACUCCAAAAACUCCAGAAAACACAUGAUCAAGAGAAGCUGUUCCUAACCGAAUCCUACCAAAAAACUCAGGCAUCUUUGCAGGAGACCAUUGACAAGCUGACUUCCCAGCUGAAGGCCUUUCAGGAGAAAAUGAAACGGGUAGAAGAGUCAAUUCUGAGCAGAGAUUAUAAAAAGCACAUUCAGGACUAUGGGACCCCCAGCCAGUUCUGGGAGCAAGAACUAGAGAGUCUACAUUUUGUCAUUGAGAUGAAGAAUGAACGCAUCCACAGCUUGGACAAGAAGCUGCUGAACCUGGAAAUAGUGAUGGAGUCAAACUUACUACUUGAAGAGAAAAUUAAAAUUUUACAACAGGAAAAUGAAGAUCUCCAAGUACGGAUGCAAAACCACAUGACAGUGACAAGGCAGCUGUCUGAGGAGCUUCUGACCAUUCGUGAGGCCCUGGAGAAGGAGACCCAGCUGAGGGAGCAAGGUCACCGAGAGAAAGAGGAGCUCUUGUACAGGGUGCUUCAUGGCGAUUCAGGCCACCCCUUUGCUAUCUCUACUGAGACUUCACUCAUUGCCACAUAGCACUUUGAGAGGCCAAAGACACUGACGUGGUAUAAAAACAGAACAGGAAGGAAGGAGACCACAAUGUGACUGUUUCAUCAUUGCAUUCUGCUCCAGAGGUGUUCAGAUUUUAUUUUUUUAUCCCAUGGACUAAGGUGGCCCUCAAGGGACAUGCCACAGGUCACACUCCUCCCUGACAAAUGGGGGCCAACUUAAGAAAUGGGAGUAGAGAUAACAUUCACAUUAAAUGAAUUAAAUAAUUCCCUGAUUAUUUAAGAAUUUUCCAUUUCUGCCACAUUAAUAAUUGCAAUAUAUUGGUGUAGAGGGGAUCAUGCUGAAGGCUGGCAAGGGAGGGCUUCGGUCCAGGUCGUACACCUCUGUGUUGGCCCUGGUGUUAUUCUAUGGCCUAAGGACAAUUCUUGUUGGGAUUUUCUCUUAUGCUCUUGAAAUCCUGAAGUAUGGGAAUUUUCCAUCUUCCUUUCAAUUUCAGUGCUAGUCAGGUAGUUCACCCUUUGGAUAUUUUGUGGUAUUCAGCAGUCAGACCAGGUCUUUCUCUUCUCCUUCUCCCAAGAGUAGCAGAAUUAACUACCUCAUAUAUGUGAGGGGGUAAAAAAAUAUGAGAAAAAGGAUUAGGAGCUACAAAUAAAUUGCACUUCACACAGUCACACAUCUGUGACAUACUAUGAAAGGUUUACACUUGAUUUCAGCUGAUGGAACUAGAGCUAUACCAAAAUUCUAAAGCAGUUGGAUCCUAAGUCAGUGCUUUGUAAAUUUGAGCAGAUUUGUAACUAAGUUUCUUUCUACAUUGCAUCUUUCUUCUGCUGUGUGUCUCCAUGAUAUUUCUUUUAUCUUUUGCCUAGCUCAUGUGUGACUCAAAAGCUUAAGUCGUCCUUAGCUGUGCUGGGAUUAAAGUAGUACAAUAUUUUCACCUUAUUUCUCAUCUAGUAAAAUCAGGGAACUAUAUGAGUAGUGCCUUAAAAUUAGGACAAUUGUAGGAUUGUCACUAUAGAGUUAGGAUAGGAAUUGCCAGUGGGGCAACAACUUUAUGAUUUUCUACUGAUUUAAGGAUGGGUGGAUAGCACUUAACACAGUAGUGGAGAAAGAUGUUGAGACUCUAGAAAGAGUGCAGAGAUGAUUAGGGGACUGGAGGCUAAAACAUAUGAAGAACGUUUGCAGGAACUAGGUAUGUCUAGUUUAAUGAAAAGAAGGACUAGAGGAGACAUGAUAGCAGUGUUCCAAUAUCUCAGGGGCUGCCACAAAGAAGAGGGAGUCAAGCUAUUCUCCAAAGCCUGAGGGUAGGACAAAAAGCAAUGGGUGGAAACUAAUCAAGGAGAGAAGUAACUUAGAACUAAGGAGAAAUUUUCUGACAGAACAAUUAAUCAGUGGAACAACUUGCCUCCAGAAGUUGUAAAUGCUCCAACACUGGAAGUCUUUAAGAAGAUGUUGGAUAACCAUUUGUCUGAAGUGGUGUAGGGUUUCCUGCCUAAGCAGGGGAUUGGACUAGAAGACCUCCAAGUCCCUUCCAACUCUGUUAUUUUAUUCUAUUCUAAGACGUUAAGGAAAAGGUUCUUAACCUGGGUUGACCACAUUCUCAGGAAAUGAGAGAUGCAAUUUCAGGGGGUAUGACAAAGAGUGACUUGUGUCCCUUAGUGACAGGUCACAAGUCAUAAUUACUUUUUAGGGGGUGCAAAUAUUAAACAUUUCCUGGGGGAAUGGGGCAUAAAAAGUUUGGAAACCAAUGCUUGAAGGGAAGAUGUUGAAGUUUUUCCUGCCACAUAGGGCUGCUUAUCCUUGAUCAUCUUUCAUAUCUCUAAGAAAAGCUUUUUAAAAUUACUCAGUUAUGUGAGCUUGAUUGUUGUGGGUCUCCCCAUUUUCCCCGUUGUUAGAAUUAUGAUCAGUCCCUGGCCAUAUCCUCUUAUUAUCUAACUUUCUAGAUGAAAUAACUGGUUCCCAUAGAUUUGGAAGACAAGGAAAAAAGAAUUAUUUUAAUUAAUUUGCUUCCAGAAUCAAACUCUUUUGUCUUGUUUGACAGGGUCUCUCUUUGCUGGUUCAAAAUUUUGAGAAUGGUAUAUUAGAAUGGUUCUCAAAAAUGGAACAGAGAUCAAAACUCUUAUUGUAUGACUGUUUUGUAAAGCUGAUAAAUGACAAUGCCCUCUACUGAUUGUAGGGUGGUGCUACAAGUUACAUUAAAAAAGUGAUUGUCAAAUUGAAAGCACUACUAUAGACAUGUAAUAAUUUAAAUUCAAAGAAAUUGGAUGUUAAAAUACAUUGUUCUAAUGAAGAAAUUAAAUUGAUGUUUAUUAUUCUAGUGCAAUGUAGACAUUGAUGAAGUAAAUAAAUAUUGGUACUUAGUAUUGCUAUA